AAUUAGUUUAGCUUACUCACGAAGCGCGAGCGUUUUUUUCCUUUUUUAAAAGUAGUGCCUUGCGCUCGCGACCAGCCGUUUGAAAGUUCUACGCGAUGCUUCUGAGAACUACAACGGAAACUUUUGUCGUGAAGGCCUUGUUAUUUUGUUGCAACAGAACAGGACCCCCGAAACAGGAGAAAGUAGCCUUGCCCAUCGCGGGUUUAGGCUCCAGGAUUGAAGUGAUCGCCAGUCCCGGAGCUUUCGUCGAAACUGCCAGUGGAAAUUCAUGCUGUUGUUGGUUAGCUAAAUGCGGUACGAAGCUAAAAUGAUGCCGAUGUUCCUGACAGUAUACCUCAGUAACAAUGACCAGCAUUUUACUGAGGUUCCCGUUACCCCGGAGACACUGUGCCGGGACGUGGUGGAGUUGUGCAAGGAGCCGGGGGAGACAGACUGCCACCUGUCCGAGAUGUGGCGCGGAUCUGAGCGAGCCGUAGGUGACGGGGAGAGGAUGUUGGACGUGCUCCAACGAUGGGGACAACACAGGGCAGAGGUGCGCUUCUUUCUGCGUCACAAUCGAGCUCCUAGCAGGGAAUCGGGAGGGUCAAGAGGCUCAGAGCCGAAGAGGAACGGAGUGAAGGGUCCUCCGGACAGAAGAAUGGAGAAUGGGGUGGCAACACCCCGCAUGGACAUGACACUGGCCGAACUACAAGAGAUGGCUGCUAGACAACAGCAACAGAUUGAAGCUCAACAACAGCUCCUCGCUUCCAAGGAGCAGCGGCUGCGCUACUUGAAGCAGCAGGAGCAGCGUCAGCAGCAACAGGCCUCUGAGCAGGAGAAGCUUCAACGCCUCCGAGAGAACAUCGAGAACCAGGAAACUCGGCUCAAGAAGGUCCGGGCCCUCAAGGGCCAGGUGGAGCAGAAGCGCCUCAGCAAUGGUAAACUAGUGGAGGAAAUAGAGCAGAUGAACAACCUGUUCCAGCAGAAGCAGAGAGAACUUGUGAUGGCUGCAUCCAAGGUGGAAGAGCUCAAUCGACAGCUGGAAUUGCUCAAAAAUGGCAAAAUGGACAACUUCAAUGACAACCAGAGCUCUGUGGCUGAACUAGAUCGUCUCUACAAGGAGCUACAGCUGAGGAACAAACUCAACCAGGAUCAAAACUCGAAGUUGCAGCAGCAGAGAGAGAGUCUGAACAAGCGCAACCUGGAGGUGGUUUCAAUGGAUAAACGGAUCAGUGAGCUCAGAGAUCGGCUGUGGAAGAAGAAGGCAGCACUGCAGCAGAAGGAGAACUUGCCUCCUGAGAUCCCCUGGCAUUCAGAGCUCACCCAUGCCAACAAUGGAUAUCCUGGUAAAGAGAGGGCUUCAAAAGACACACAACUUCAGGUGCCCACUGAUGGCCAAGCUGGACAGCAGUCAGGUCCGUCUCGUGUGGCAGCGGUUGGCCCAUACAUCCAGUCAUCCACCAUGCCUCGGGGCCCAGUAAGGCACGACAUGCUUGUGAAACCAGCUUACCCAGACGGCACUGCCACCCUACCAUCCAACAACCCGCAGAGCAAGGCCGGCACAGGUCUUCAGCCGUCUAAGCUGGCAGAUUGGAGCCCUUCAGGUCCAGAAUCCAACACCAACGGUCAUGUUUCAGCUUCAACACUGCCACGAAUGACCUCUCACUCCCACUCUACCACAGAGCAAGAUGAGACGGAACUGAAGAGGGACAAGAAGGUGCGUCCAUUUUCCAUGUUUGAGCCAACGGAGGCUCCUGCCACUUCCCUCCGCAAAAACCAGAGCAGUGAUGACCUGGUCAGGGACGCUCAGUCUGCUCCCAAGGCUCCAGUCAAGGUGCCUCCUCCUGUACCCACCAAACCGAAAGGCCCAGGUGUCAUGCCCUAUGGCAAAGCAGGUCUCAAUACCGGCACCUUCCCUAAAGCCAAGCCCCAGAGCCAGCAGCCCCAGGCUGCCCAGGGCCGCAGCCCCCUCCCUCCUUCACAGAGCCAGACACUCCCCUUACCCUCCAAGCAGGACACUCCACCUGCAGCCACAGUACGGCCCUUCACUCCAGAGCUGCCAUCCUCCAAAGACUCCAGCCUGAGUAAGCCUCAGACCUUAGCGGCCAGCUCCAUUUACUCCAUGUACACACAGCAACCUGGCGCAGGAAAGCCUUUCCAGCCUGGUAUACAGGGCGCUCUCAACAGAUCUCAGAGCCGCUCCAAUGGAUUUAUAAGUGUGUACGGUAAACCAGUGAUCCCAGGUGGAGGAUCCCCACAUCCAGAGAACCCGUACCUGGACCGCCGCUCUCCUGCCCUAGAAUCUGAGGUAGACCACAGUGGAGCCAACAACAUGGGUCCCAGCCAGUCCGAGGGCCCUCCACCAGAAACUGAGCGCAUCCCUCGACCCCUCAGCCCAACCAAGCUGCUUCCCUUCAUUUCCAACCCCUACAGGCAUCAGAGUGAUGGUGAUCUGGAAGCCCUAAGAAAGAAGCUCUACAACGCCCCGAGGCCCCUGAAGAAACGCAGCUCCAUCACUGAACCAGAGGGUCCUGCAGGGCCCAACAUUCAGAAACUCCUCUACCAGAAGACCACACUGGCAGCUAUGGAGACCACUGUGACUACACCAAGCACUCCCACCUACGCUGGUGAAGCAGAGAAGGCAGCGGAGGGAUCACAGGGGCCACAUGUUCAAAGCCCCCUGAGUGGCGCAGAGAACCACCCAUCGGAGACAGGACAGACUCUGGAGGGAGGCCCGCUCUCAUCUCACAUCCCAAGUGCUAAUGUCCCCACUCCAGCCCCCGCUGAACAGACCAAACCACCUUCAUUCGUCAUCCCAGAGAUUGAGCAAAUUAUCCCCCCUCCUCCUCCAUCCCACCCAGCCCCCAGGCCAGAUGACGCCCUUUUCCCACCACCACCCCCUGUUGGCAUGGAGGACGCAAUGCCCAACAUGCCUCCUCCACCUCCAGAAGGCUUUUUGGAGGAGUUCCCCCCCUACCCGCCACCCCCAUACCCCAGCGGAGCAGAGCAGGACAGCUUGGGAGAGGACACCUUUAACAUGAAGGCACCUGAGGUCACAGGCCAGGUCACUCUGCCACCGGGAAAGAGGACCAACUUGCGCAAACCUGGCUCUGAACGCAUCGAUCACGGCAUGAGGGUGAAGUUCAACCCGCUGGCUCUGCUGUUGGACUCGUCUCUGGAGGGAGAGUUUGACUUGGUCCAGAGAAUCAUCUACGAAGUGGAGGAUCCCAGUCAACCCAACGAUGAAGGCAUCACUGCUCUACACAAUGCUGUCUGUGCUGGACAUACAGAGAUUGUCAAGUUUCUGGUUCAGUUUGGCGUCAAUGUCAACGCUGCUGACAGUGAUGGCUGGACGCCUCUUCACUGUGCUGCAUCCUGCAACAAUGUGCAAGUGUGCAAGUUCCUUGUGGAGUCCGGUGCGGCAGUGUUUGCUAUGACCUACAGCGACAUGCAGACUGCUGCUGAUAAAUGUGAGGAGAUGGAGGAAGGCUACACCCAGUGCUCUCAGUUCCUCUACGGUGUGCAAGAGAAGAUGGGCAUCAUGAAUAGGGGGGUGGUCUACGGUCUUUGGGACUACAAUAGCGAAAACCCUGAUGAGCUGUCGUUCCGCGAGGGCGACUGUAUGACCAUCAUCCGUAGAGAGGACGAGGACGAGAUUGAAUGGUGGUGGGCACGCAUGGGCGACACCGAUGGUUACAUUCCCCGCAACCUCCUUGGGCUCUACCCCAGAAUAAAGCCAAGACAGAGGAGCCUGGCUUAAAACACAAAGAUCCCUGCUGCACAUUCCAGCCUGCCAGAACUUUCCAAAACACACACACGCACACACACACAGGCUUUAACAGACGGGGGAAGAGAAGGACAUUGCUGAAAUGAAGAGACAAGGACAGACCAAACAAUAUGAAGGAUCAACUCUGAACUCUGGCACUUUUUCUGUAUCUACAACAGAGGGAUUCUCCCUCUUCUUUUGCUUUUCCAGGCCACACUGUGUACUGUGUACUUAAGACACUAUUGCUGUUGUUUUUCCUUUUAUUCCACUGUUUUGGUUGUUUUUGUAAUUAGUGUCUGAAACUAUUUCUAAACGGACAGAAACUCAAAUGGUGGGAUAUAAAUAGAACAAGCAGUAUUUUUAUUGCUGGAAAGUGAUUUUUACACUUUUGAAUAGUCUUUUAAAACUUGUUGUCCGGGCCUUCAGUUGUUUUCUAACACAGCGCUACAUCACAUGAGGUGAAUGAGUGGAUGAUGAUGAUGCUUUUGAAAUGCUCUAUAACCAUGACAAUCUUUUGGGGGCUUGUUUCUCGUCAUCUGUGUUGAGUGACUGUGCCUCUGUAUAACUGCACUGGAGGUGUAAAGUUUCAGUUCUGACCACCGCUGUUCUGACUAAACAAAAUGAAAUGACAGGUGGGAAACCGGUGAUGAAGCUUUCGAUUGAUCUAUUGCUGUUCAUUCUGUGGUCUAUGAUACCCACAAAGCCAGUCUGCUUCCCUGCGUUGGCACAUGGUUGAGAUGCCACGGAUACUGUGUAUGCAUGUAUUUUUGUCACAGAUACUAGUGAACUGCUACUGUAGCGUUGAUCUUGUUGUGAAAAUGGACUUUCAAAUUCUCAAGAGGCCCUUUGACAAAGGAGAGGUCAUGCAAUAUGACUAAUAUUUUAUUACAGCCAUUCCAUGACAAUACAGUAAUGUUAGGAGGCAAGAAGAAACCUUGACUUUUUGUAGUAAUCAGUAAGACACAAUAUCUUGUAAAGUCAGACAAUUUCUAAAUCAAAUUAAAAAAAUACAAAUAAAAAAGGAUAUAACUCCUACAAUAUGAGUUCCCAAAACUCAGCUCCUCACACAUCUCUGUGAAUGCAGAUAUUUAUUUUUGUUACUUUUUUUUCUUUAGCCCUUUUAUCAGGACUAUAACCACAAAUGUACUGUAGUAUUUCAGACAUUUACAAUAAAACACUUUGUACUCGG